UAGUGUUGGAUGAUCAACGUCUAAAGUUCACCCAUAUAACAAUAGCAAAUGAUCGCACUUUGGAAUAUAUUACGAGUAGUUUGACAGUCCUACAAAAAGAAGACACGAUGAGUGCGGAAGAGGAGCAUAUUUUGAAGGAGUUCCGUGAGAGACUUCAGGAUGUUGCCCAGCCCCACAUGGAUAACCAGUACCUCAACAGGUGGCUGAAAGCAAGAAGGUAUAAGAUUGACAAGGCUGAGCAGAUGUACAGAGCACAUCUUACCUUUAGGAAAAGUAUGGAUGUUGACAACCUUAAAAAGAACUUCAAGGAGCCAGAGGUUAUUGAGAAGUUUUUCCCAGCGGGAGGUUUCUGUGGUGAGGACAGGGAGGGUAGCCUGGUGUUUUACCAGGUGUUCGGGCGUCUGGACGUCCACGGGAUGAUGAGAUCUGUCAAGAUCCUGGAUGUCAUCAAGUUCCAGAUCUGUAUGCUGGAGAUGGUGGAGGACAUGUUAACUGCACAUUCAGCAAAGACUGGCAAACAGACAUUUGGGAUGACUGUGGUGUACGACUUGUACAACUUCGGCAUGCAGCAUCUUUGUAAGCCAGUUGCGGAGGCAUUUGUUCAGUUUCUGAAGAUGUUUGAGGCCAACUAUCCAGAAAUACUGAAAAAGGUCAUUGUGGUACAAGCACCUUCUGUCUUCCCCAUUGCCUACUCUGUUGUGAAACCCUUUCUGAGUGAAGACACCAGAAACAAGGUGUUUGUCUGUGGCAGUAAUUGGAAGGAGGUCCUGGCUGAACACAUUGCACCUGACCAGAUCCCUGUACACUAUGGAGGCACCAUGACUGACCCAGACGGGGAUGUCAUGUGUAAGUCAAAGAUCAGAUAUGGGGGUGUGGUUCCUGAGUCCCACUACUCACCGGGAAUUCCUGCUGAGAUCCUGGAACAGAUGAAGUCAGCAGACGUGGAGCCUGGGACAUCACUGGGGCUGGAGGUGGACGUGAGGACCCCUGGUGCCGUCCUCAGGUGGUUGUUUAAGACAGAAGAUUGUGACAUCGGGUUUGGAGUGUACAGGCAGCAGGGCAGUGGUACCAGAUACCAGGACAUGGAAGAAGUAGUGCCAUGCUCCAAACACAACAGUCACCUCAUACUGACCGACGGGGAACUCUUGUGUGCAGAAGCUGGCAAAUAUGUUGUUCGAUUCGACAAUUCCUACAGCUGGGUUCGGAGUAAGACACUUCGCUACAGUGUGGAAGUGCUGGAACCUGGCGAUGAAUCUCUCACAGGGGUCAGAGGUGAUGUGUCACAGUUCAGGGAUGGGCAAGAUUCCAGCCAAGAGUAAGGGU